GGCCCUUCUAGAGGCAGCAGGAGGAAAGCAGAGCCAUGGAGAGCGACUUGCUCCCUCCUCCGCCGACCUUCAGCCCGGCCGUGCCUCCCUUCGUCAAGCUGGGGCUGACGGUGGCCUACACCAUCUUCUACUCGCUGCUCUUUGCGUUCGUGUACGUGCAGCUCUGGCUGGUGCUGCGAUACCGACACAAGCGCUUGAGCUACCAGACGGUGUUUCUGUUCUUGUGUCUGCUGUGGGCGGCUCUGCGCGCGCUGCUCUUCUCCUUUUAUUUCAGAGACUGCGUGACCGCAAACACGCUCGGACCCUUGGCUUUCUGGCUGCUCUACUGUUUCCCAGUCUGCCUGCAGUUCUUCACUCUCAGCCUCAUGAAUCUGUACUUCGCACAGGUCAUUUUCAAGGCGAAGUCUAAAUAUUCACCAGAACUUCAGAAGUACAGGCUGCCUCUGUACCUGCUCUUCCUGUGCAUCAGCAUCAUCUUCCUGCUGGUGAACCUGACCUGUGCUCUGCUGGUGAAGAUGACGAAGGCCGACACAGAGACUGUAGUGCUGGUGCGCGUGGCCAUCAACGACACUCUGUUCGUCCUCUGCGCCGUCUCACUCUCACUGUGUCUCUAUAAGAUCGCCAAGAUGUCUUUGGCCAACAUCUACCUGGAGUCCAAGGGAACAUCUGUGUGUCAGGUGACUAUAAUCGGAGCGACGGUGAUCCUGCUGUACUCGUCCCGUGCGUGUUACAACCUAGUGGUGCUGGCACUGGCAAAAAUCAAGAGCAUCAACUCAUUCGACUACGACUGGUACAACGUAUCAGACCAAGCAGAUCUGAAGUCAAUGUUGGGCGACGCUGGAUAUGUGGUUUUUGGGGUGAUCCUGUUUGUUUGGGAGCUGCUGCCUACUUCACUGGUGGUCUUCUUUUUCAGAGUCCGUAAGCCGGCUCAGGAUCGGAGUGUGUCAGUGAUCCCCGGCCACAUGUUCUCAUCUAGAGCUUAUUUCUUUGACAACCCGCGGCGUUACGACAGCGAUGAUGAUCUCGCGUGGAGUAUCAUCCCACAAAACAUUCAAGCCAGUCUUACGCCGGACAGCUCUGAUUGGGGUUGUCGAACCAACAGUUUCACCGCAAACGUUGAAGCUGAAGAGUCUCAUCUAGCACCAGAGGAGUUGAAUCCCUACUAG